AUGUCAUUCUUGGCCAACAACCCCUUAUCUCUGAGCGUCCCCGAGCCAGCAUUCGAGUCGUGGCUAAGAGACCGCGGCUACCUCGAAAUCCUCGACCAACAAACUUCUGACCUCCACCGCCUCUCCACCACCACUUCCUCCUCCUCCUCCUCCGCCACUACCACUAGCUCCGCUACCUUAGUCACUGGUGGAUUCUUUUUAUCUUUUUGUUCAUACAUCGGAACCCUACUCUUUCUCUUCACUUUCAAUCCCUUCUCCAAGCUCACCUCCGACGACUUCUCCGGCGAUACUCCCUCCUGGACUUUUCGAUUUAUCGGUUCUUCAGAUUCCUACUCGCUCCCUUCGUCGACCUCUCAGGCUCGAUUGAGAGUCCACGAAAAUGUCAAGCGCUUUGCUCGCAAUUAUGCCUCUCUCUUCAUCCUCUUCUUCGCUUGCUCUAUGUAUCAAAUGCCCCUUGCUCUUGUUGGGCUGAUAUCAUGUUUGGCGCUUUGGGAUCUGUUCAGAUUUUGGGGUGAUCGAUGGGGAUUAGAUCGAUACCCUCUAUUUCGACUAAGCUUGGGUCGAGUUGCUCAAUGUGGCGAGUUUGUGGGCAAACAGUCCCCUGGUCCAUUGGUCCAUUGGUCCAAUGUAAGUUUAUCAAGAAAAUAUGAUGUCCCAUUAUCGUAUGAUGAAAUAUCUUAUUCCUUUAAAGAAAUGAUGAAAUAUCCUCUUGAUCAGAUUGACGAUUUUGACUUAGAUGAAGGAUGCUUUUCAAAGCAUCUACAGUUAUUUUAUUCUUCUCCAAUGUUCAAAUGGCUCUCUUAUGCGCUCUUGGGGCUUGCAUUAUUGAUAGACAAAUCCAAAACUAUCAGACAAAUCCUUCAAAUCCACGCAUCUCUCAUCCGCCAUGGCCUGGAAACCCACCUGGUCUUGAACUUCAAGCUCCAGCGAUCCUAUUCUACCCUUGGCCGCCUUGACUACUCCGUGGCCCUUUUUAACCUCACCCACAACCCCAAUGUCUUCUUCUACACCUCCAUUAUCCACGGGCAUGCCGUCAACAAUCUCCACGAACAAGCUUUUGAGUUCUAUGUCCAAAUGUUGACCCACGAUGUCGAACCCAAUGCAUUCACAUUCUCGUCCAUCCUCAAAGCCUGCCCACUUGAAUCUGGAAAAAUUCUCCAUUGCCAAGUCCUCAAACUCAGAUUUGAUUCUGAUACGUAUGUGAGAACAGCUCUUGUUGAUGUCUAUGCUAGAGGUGGUGAUGUUGCCUCUGCACGUAAAUUGUUUGAUACUAUGCCUGAAAAGAGUUUGGUUUCUUUGACAGCAAUGAUCACGGGUUAUGCGAAACAUGGGGAUGUCGAUGAGGCACGGGUUUUAUUUGAUGCAAUGGAGGACAGGGAUGUUGUGAGUUGGAAUGUCAUGAUAGAUGGGUAUACUCAGCAUGGAAGGCCAAAUGAUGCUUUUGUUCUUUUCAGGAAAAUGUUGAAGGCUAACCUGAAGCCUAAUGAAAUAACUCUACUAGCAGUUCUCUCUGCUUGUGGGCAACUUGGAGCACUGGAGUCAGGCAGGUGGGUUCAUUCAUACUUAAAGAAUAAUGGGAUUGAGGUCAAUGUUCAUGUGGGUACUGCAUUGGUUGAUAUGUAUAGCAAAUGCGGUAGUUUGGAGGAUGCACGCUUGGUUUUUGAUAAGAUUAAGAAUAAGGAUAUUGUUGCUUGGAAUUCGAUGAUUGUGGGGUAUGCAAUGAAUGGAUUUAGCCAAGAAGCUUUGCAAUUGUUCAGUGACAUGGGUGGGAUGUUGCUCCACCCCACUGAUAUAACCUUUAUUGGUAUUUUAAAUGCUUGUGCGCAUGCAGGGUUGGUGUCUGAGGGUUGGGCCUUUUUCUGUUCAAUGAAAGAUGAAUUUGGUAUUGAACCAAAGAUUGAGCAUUACGGAUGUAUGGUGAAUCUUCUAGGCCGAGCUGGGCAUUUGAAAGAGGCAUACCAACUUGUCAAGGACAUGAAGAUUGCCCCUGAUCCUGUUUUGUGGGGAACAUUACUUGGUGCCUGUAGGCUUUAUGGAAAUAUUGGUUUGGCAGAGGAAGUUGUAAGGUUCCUUGUGGACCAUAAUCUAGCCAAUUCAGGAACUUACAUUCUUCUUUCUAACAUAUACGCUGCCACAGGCCAUUGGGAUGGGGUGGCAAGGAUGAGAACCCUGAUGAAAGAUAGUGGUGUGCAAAAGGAGCCGGGUUGUAGCUCAAUUGAAGUGAAUAAUAAGGUGCAUGAGUUCCUUGCUGGUAAUUUGAGACACCCAAAGAGCAAAGAAAUUUAUAUGAUGCUGGAGGAGAUAAAUGGGUGGCUCAAGGCUCAUGGUUACACACCAGAGACAGAUAUAGUAUUACAUGAUAUUGGAGAGAUUGAAAAGGAGCAGUCACUUGAAGUUCACAGUGAAAAGUUUGCUAUUGCUUUUGGGCUUAUUAGUACUCGACCAGGAACUACAAUCAAGAUUUUCAAGAACCUUCGGGUGUGCUCAGAUUGUCAUGUCGUAACCAAACUCAUCUCAAAAAUCACAGGACGUAGGAUUGUUGUGAGGGAUCGGAACCGGUUCCACCACUUUGUGGAUGGCUCAUGUUCUUGUGGUGAUUACUGGUGA